AUGAUGAUGAACACCAACACGAUGGCUGCGCCAACCAACGACGUCGACUUCUCCUUCGGGGCCAUGCAGGCGCAGCCCUACGCCGGCUUCGACGCCGGCGCCAUGGCCAUGCCCAGCGUCGAGCGGCCGCUGCUCCAGCACCACCAGAACCACCAACUCUACGAUAGUUUCGACCUCGCCGCCGCGGGCUUCCCCCCGUUCCAGGAGCCGGGCCUCCUCCCGCCCGCGAGCCUGCCACUGCCACCGAGCAUGGUGAUGGCGAUGCCGUCGCCGCUGCAGCUGCCCCUCCCGGGCGUGCUCACGCCGGCGGAGGUGUACCCCUUCGGCGGAGCGGGAGGGGCGGCGGCGUUCCUGAAGCGGGAGGACGGGCACCACCAGCUCGUGGACGCCGGCGGCGGCGGGACGAUCGGGCUGAACCUCGGCCGGCGCACGUACUUCUCCCCCGCCGACGUGCUCGCUGUGGACCGGCUGCUGACGCGGUCCCGGCUCGGCGGCGGCACGGGCGUGGGCAUGGGCCUCGGCAUGGGCAUGCUGGGCCUCGGUCUCGGCGCAGCGCACCACCAUCACCAGCACCAGCCGCCACGGUGUCAGGCCGAGGGCUGCAAGGCCGACCUCUCCGCCGCCAAGCACUACCACCGCCGCCACAAGGUCUGCGAGUACCACGCCAAGGCCGCCGCCGUCGCCGCCGGCGGCAAGCAGCAGCGCUUCUGCCAGCAGUGCAGCAGGUUUCAUGUGCUCGCCGAGUUUGACGACGCCAAGAGGAGCUGCCGGAAGCGGCUCACCGAGCACAACCGCCGCCGCCGGAAGCCGGCCGGGGCACAGGGCAAGGACUCGCCGCCGCCGCCGCCGCCAAAGAGAGCCGCGGACACUUGCGUCGCGGCCUCCCACAGCAGCGAUCAUCAUCACAAAUGUGCGAGCGCCAUGGCGGCGGCCAAGUUGACGGCCAUCUCGCCCAACGGCAGCGGCGUCAGCUGCCUCGACGCCAUGGACAACGGCCACUCGAGCGGCGGGGGCGCGGCGCCGACGGCCCUUUCUCUGGCGGCGCUGCCGCCGCUGCACGACGAGAAGGACGACGGCGGCGGCCUGGACUCCAUGCUGAUGAUGCGGCAGGUGCAAGGCCGCGACGACGAUGAGCAUCGCCGCUUCCUGACCUCGCUCGUGAUGCAGCAGCAGCAGCAGCAGGACCACCAGCACGACGACGGCAGCGGCGGCCACGACGGCGUUGGCGGCGGCAACAUCUUGUCGUGCCCGUCGGUGUCAGAUCACCAGAACGGCGGCUGCAACGGUUUCUUUGAGGUGGACUUCAUCUAG